CCGUGCCGAUAACGACUAUAACGUAGACCUUGGCAUGUCAUCUGUAGCAAUAGUUUUUCUGUAGAUUACCUGUGAUCGAUUUGUGGUGGUGAUGGACAGAUAAUUAUGUUGUGAAGAAUUAUGUAAGAUACAUAAGGAAAUAAUAGAAUGUUACGCGGAGCUGGAAAGAAACCGUGGUAUUUCUGCGGUAUGUUGUCAUUAAGCUGGUUAACGGAAAACAAUGACAAAGUUGACUCAGAUACAUCACAAUCUUUUUACCGGCGUAAUAUUGAAAAUGAGACGGGUUGGGAGAGACUUCGUUUAAUGUAUUCAUCAGAUGAGUUUGGCAAUUUGAGUCCUGAACUAAAUGCUGCAAUUCAGUCUGGUAUCAUGGGGAUAUUUAUUGGUGCUUGCUAUGGCGGUAUCAUUAAUUCAAAGAAUGCAUAUACAGAUUUCAUAGAAAGAAAUGAAGCAACUGUGUUCAAGAAUCAUCUGGAAGCUAAGAAAAAACUUCAAGAUCAAGUGACAAUUGGGUUUAGUAAAGGAGCUUUCAGGUGGGGUUGGCGGUUGGGUCUAUUUACUAGUUCUUACGUAUUGUUGACUACAUCAGUAUCGGUGUAUAGAGGACAUUCAAGCAUUGUGGAGUAUAUUGCUGCAGGUGGUGUUACAGGGGCACUCUACAAGUGCAACAUGGGUCUGAGAGGAAUGGCGGUUGGAGGUGGUCUAGGUAGUGUUCUAGGAGGAAUAUGUGGACUUGUAUCUUUGAGUGUUUUGAAAAUGACUGGACUAACUAUGGAGGAGAUUCGAUAUUGGCAGUAUCAGUGGAAAGAAGACAGAUAUAAACAAUUUAUACGAAGUGGGGAUGAUAAUAAAGAGAAUCCUCUUUUUACCAAUCACGACAAAAAAAUUGGACCUUCUGGAAAGAAUCUUGAAUCACUGGAUGCAGUUUCUCCCUCUCCGACUACACAGUCAUCAUAAUAUUAUAUUAGUGGAAUAUGAAGUGACGUUCUUCUACCAAGCAGUGUGCUGUGAGAAGAGAUGAUGCAAAUCUAUAACAGAGCAAAAAAUAAUACUUUACUGAAAUAUUAAGUAAGUAUUAAUAUUUAGUAAUAUUUUCUUGUGCUCUACUGAUAUGUGUUCCCCACCAUUAUGAGUAAAUAUUGAAUCAUUUUGCAUUUUGUACGUCAGAAAAUACGGUGUACAAUAUGGGCUAAAAUAAAGUCUGAUAUUCUGUAUGGUUUCGUACAAAUCUGCUAUCAUAUGAUUUUGAAUGAAAGUGCUGCAGUACGUGCAUGUAUUUAUAAUUAAAACUACUUUUUUCCUUCUUUACAGGUAAAGGUUAUUUGGAUAAUUUAUUGAAUCUAUUUAAAAGGUCAUCCCUCAACAACCAUUUUAAUAAUUCAUUCAUGUAAUGUUUAUAAUGGAAGAAAAGGAAUUGUAAAACUGACAUUAACAGAACUUUUCGUAAUUUCUGGCAAGUGUGGCUAUAGUACAACGGAGUAACAGAUUUUGUUAUGACACAAGAUUUAUGUUUACUGCUGACUGCUAAUUUGUCGGAAGUUACGGAGUGAAUUAGAAACACAGUAGGGAAAAUCAAUUCUGUGUGCAGCGAUAGUAGUUCCUUGUCAGAUGAGUUGAAACAGAAAUGCUGCUUUGCUUGCGUAGCAUUUUCAAGUUCUCACAUCCUUCCGUCCUUGUUCUCGUUACUGAACUAGCACUGCCCCAUGUGACAGCAUUCCCUGCAACCGACAUCUUGCGGGCGAUCAGUAGUAUUUAGGCCUGUUGGGUUUUUCUGUUAUAUAUAAGAAUACAACUGUACAGUUUUCCAAGCAUCCUCAAGCAUACAUAACAGAACUAGUUUGACUAGUUUUUAUUUUUAUAGUCACAUUUGGAUGUUUCUAGUGUGUGAUUAUAAUAGUACUUGGAAAUAAAGGAGCUUCACAGCA